CGCCUUUGCAGCUUUGACUAUGUGGGCACUAUGAUGCAUGCAUGUCCUCUACGCACGUAUCGAAUUAUUUUCGGUUGAUUCUUCUUCACCUGUUCGAAUCAAGCGUGUCUUGUUAUCGCAAGCAAUUAAUGUCACUGAUAGACAGCGCUACAUGCAGAUUGACGGCGGCUACACUUUAUCUUUUGGUGUGACAUUCUUCAGGUUCGGUAGUCACAUCAAGGUCAUGCAUCCGUACACAUCGAAUGCAGUGCGAAUCGAUUAUUUCGGUUCCGUGUUUUAAUUGUAAUGAUGAAACAAAACCAGAACAACCUGAGCGUCCUGUUGGUAGUCCUGAUGGUGCUAGUUAUCUACGUAGUGUAUGUGAUAGUGCAAGACGACCAACCGGGCGAAUUGUUGGUUCAAAGCUUACAAAAGGAACUUCGAACCAUUAAUGAGCCUAUUCUAAAGUCAGACCCUUCUGUAUUCACGGACAAGGAUAUCUACCAUUUGAUCGAUAUCCAGUCGAAUGAAGAACUUCUCAAACAAGGAAGGAACAUUUUCUUCAUAUUGACAACGCUCACCAAUAACGGAACAAUCCAACUCACUCCGCGGCAAGCUUGUGCUAUUGAAUCGGCGGCCCGUGCUAAUCCGGAUUGGAAAGUGUUCCCAUUGUUCGUUUUCGCCAAGUGGUUCAACGUUUCCAGUGACCCAUUCAUACCUUCAUUGCUGCGGUUCUGCAACAUUCGGCUGCGACACGUGAACCUUGAAACGUUUGCCGUUGGUAGUCCUGUGGAGAAGCUGUUCACAGAGGGUGCUCUAAGCAAAUCCAGCUUCAUAGUUGAGCAUACGGCGGACGUUCUACGAUUGCUCACGUUGUACAAAUACGGAGGAACAUACCUGGACACGGAUGUGGUAGUUCGCAGAACCCUGAACAUUCUGCAGCCUAAUUAUCUUGGCUCUGAAGGAAGCGGCUACGUAGCGAAUGGUGUGAUCAAUCUAGAAACCACCGGCUACGGACACGAAUUUGCCGAAGCCUGUCUCAAAGAUUUAGCUCUCAAUUUCGAUGGGACUCGGUGGGCUGCCAACGGGCCCUUUAUGGUUACUCGAAACCUACAGAAGUUCUGUAACACAACGGAGGUCGUAAACAUGAAUCGGCAGCAGUGUGGAAAUCAGCUGACGGUCUAUCCACCGGACGUUUUCUACCGGAUACGGUAUCCGCAUCACGAUUGGUUCUUCUACCCGGAACGAUCGGUAGAAGUGAUGAAAGCCAUUGAGAAUGACGUGCUCGUCCACAUGUGGAACAAGGCCACGAGCGGGAUUCAGCUGCUGGUUACCAGUAGUGCGGCAUACAUACAACUGGCGAAUAAGUUUUGUCCGAAUGUGCUUUUGAACACUAAGGAAAACUUCUAACCCGGAUCUAAUUUUAUUUCGAUAAGAGACCCACAUGGGCAGCCAGCCUUUCAAACCAACACAAACAUGCGUACAGAUGGUACAAAGUAUUUCGUUUUGCGAAUGCAUAAGACAGCAUCGAACGGGUUUUGCUGAUAGGGUGCGAGGUGCGAUAAUGUUGUGAUUGGUAAAAUGAUACCAAGUGGGAGUGCUAGUAGAGUUUGUCGAACCAAACAGGACUUUCGUCUAGCAAAUAACAAGAAUGAUUGAUUUUUUGAAUAUCGACGUGUUUCUUCAAGGGUUUGCAUUGUCAUGUUGGCGUAUGCUUGAUUUCUUUUUAGCAAUUUCCAGUCUUAUUUGCACGAGGCUCGUCUUUUAUCGCUCGAUAUCACAUAACUGAUAAUAGGAAAUUAAUUACUGCUAUUAAGCGUGCGUAAGCGUAAAAAACGAAAAAAACUCGAGAUUUACACCGGCUGACAAAAAUGAGAACUA